UAUUUUUACAAUAAUUUGCUUGUUUAUUUUAUUAAACUUUAGAGCUUACGUUUUAUUUCAGAUUUAGAAUUCAGAUAGAAGUUCAGAACCUAUUUUUACAGAUGAAAUGUGGAGUAUUUAAUUUUAAAAAUCGUAGUUAAAUAAUUAAGUUUAGUAGUACAACAUACUUAUUAAAACAAAUUUUGUUUUCUACCUCGACUGUUAAUGCAACACUUACACAUGACCUGAAAGAAUUAGAGAAUUUUGGAGUUAACGGUGAAAACAACCAUACAACAUUAAAUAUAAACACAAUUUUAAUGUGCUAUUACUAUAACAAUGUCUGCUACGUUACAUACUGAUGUUGGAGAUAUUAAAAUCGAACUGUUUUGUGAACAAUGUCCCAAAGCUUGUGAAAAUUUUUUAGCAUUGUGUGCUAGCGACUAUUACAAUGGGUGCCUGUUCCAUAGAAAUAUUAAGGGUUUUAUUGUACAGACUGGUGACCCCACUGGAACUGGAAAGGGAGGAACAUCAAUUUGGGGGAAAAAGUUCGAUGAUGAAUUUAAAGAAGAAUUAAAGCACAAUGCAAGAGGCAUGGUCAGUAUGGCUAAUAAUGGACCAAACACAAAUGGAAGUCAGUUUUUCUUUGUGUAUGGGGAGCAACCACAUUUGGAUCUCAAGUAUACAGUGUUUGGCAGAAUUAUAGACGGUUUAGAAGCACUUGAUGACUUGGAGAAGAUGGCAGUGAAUCCCAAAACAUUUAGACCAUUAUCAGAGGCCAGAAUUACAUCUGUCACUAUACAUGCAAAUCCUUUAGCUGGUUAAGAAUAAAUUAAUUGAAAAAUAACAA